AUGCCCAACUACGAGCUUCUCUAUUUCGAGUUCCGCGGCCGCGCCGAAGCCGCUCGACUGGUCCUGAACUACGCAAAGGUUCCCUUUACGGACACUAGGAUUCCACGCGAAGAGUGGCCAAGUCUUAAGGGAGAUAAAAGCCGUAAGUUUUCCUCAGUUCAUAUUAAAUACACCCCGUUCUGAAAGUAUGCCUAGCCCGUGGAAGACUGCAGUAUCUAAGGCUUGGUAAGAGCUACAGUGACGGACCUGAUCCAGUGCCAAAAAAUACACCAUUUUGCAUUCGGGAAGUAUCAAAAAAUGUCGGAAAAUGUCUCCUUCUCCAACUAAAAAACACCGUUUUGAAGAGCGCGCCCUUUCCCUCACAAAAAUAGCGGGCGCGCUGUUGAAAUCAGAGUUUUUUCACUUGGAAGAGGAAGUGUUUUGCCACAUUUUUUUGACACUUCCCGGAUGCAAAAUGGUACGUUUUUGGCCACUGGAUCAGGUCCGCCACUGUAAGAGCUAUCAAAAAACUGCUAACGCCAUUCGAAAGAGCAUGUUGAAAAAUCCAUUACCGCAUCGGUCAGUGAAAAAAAAUUUGAUCGGUUUGGUAACUAUUUUAACAUUUUCGACCGUUUCAAAAGUAUACAGUGGCGAACCUGAUCCAGCGGCAAAAAACGUAUCAUUUUGCAUUAGGGAAGCAUCAAAAAUGUAGCAAAAUACCUCCCUCUCCAAGCGAAAAAACUCCGAUUUCAAAAGCCCUCCCGCUCUUUUUGUGAGGGCCGUGAAAAACGCUGUUUUUUGUAGUUGGAGAAGGAGGCAUUUUGCCACAUUUUUUGAUAGUUCCCGGAUGCAAAAUGGUACGUCCUUUGUCACUGGAUCAGGUCCGUCACUGUACCUACCCCUGACGGUUUUUUCGCCCAUCUGGCUGAGAUUUUGAACUAACCCAGUCCCGUUUCAUUCCAUCGUGUACCCUAUGGUACCAGAACAUGUAUUAAUCCUUCAAAUUAAACUCACGUUCUUCAGGAUUCCCCUACGGCCAACUCCCCGUCCUCCUCAUUGACGGAAAACCGCUGGCCCAGAGCCACGCAAUCCUCCGGUAUUUGGCGCCGGAAUGCGGAGUAGCCGGGAGAAGUCGUCUGGAAGCCGCGGAAAUCGACGAGCUUUACGAAGUUUGCCGUUGCUUCUUCGACUUGAUCAUUCCGUAUCUGAGAGUCUACUUGGGGUUCGGCGCGGGAGACAAGGUAGGCCAUUUUUUUAUAUAGUGGAAGUGGUCAAGAAAUGCUUCUUAGAACGCCAAAAUUUCGCUACAGCCAUCUAUUUACUUCUAUUUUUCAAAAAUUUUUUUUUCACGGACUGAAAAAAACCUCAUCUUCAAAUAGUACAGAGGUUUCUUUGAACUUUAUUUUGUGUUUCAGGAGCAACUCUACAAGGAUGUUUUUCUGCCAGCACUUGACAAGGAACUGCCAGUGAUUCAAGAGUUGAUCGGGGAGAACGGCUUCUUCCAUCCAAGCGGCGUGACCUACACCGACUUUUACUUUGCCGACAGCAUUGAGGCUUUUGUCAGGAUGCACCCAGCUGAUUUCGAGAAGUUCCCGAAAAUCUUGGAGCACAUAAAACGGAUUCACCAACUCCCUGAGCUUCAAGAGUAUUUGGCCAAGAGACCCGAACAUUCUUUCUAA